CGAGAGGUACGGCGGUUCUAUGCAUCUGAAUUCUCAACUCAGCGCUGUACAUAAUUUCCUGAUUCAUUACUUUUUAAAAAAGAAAAUUAUUGGUGAAAUAAUAUUAAUAUUAUUAUUAGUAACUUUACCGUCACUGCAGCCUAGACUGUCACCAUUACUAGACUAGAGAAGUACGGCAGAGGGUGAGGGUGAAAAUCUAGUUUGUUGCUUCUGCGUCUUUCGGGAUUUGGAAUUGGGGAAAUCAGGGGAUGCAUGUGAGUCUUCUUCGUCUUCCCCAUGUAAUGAUAAUGAUUUAGCAAAUUAACAAGGAAGUUGCAGAAGAAGAAUAAGAGGGAGAAGAUGUACGGAAGAGUAAUUGGAAGCCAUGAAAGUGGGAUUGUCGGUCACGAAGAAAUGGUGGGAGGACCAGUUGGUCAUACUCAUGCUCAUCGUCCACCAAGCGGAGACCCAUGCCUCGUCUUGACUUCGGAUCCUAAGCCUCGUCUUCGCUGGACCGCUGACCUUCAUGAUCGAUUUGUUGAUGCUGUCACUCAGCUUGGUGGCCCUAACAAAGCAACACCAAAGGCAAUCAUGCGGACAAUGAAUGUGAAGGGACUAACACUCUUCCACUUGAAGAGUCACCUCCAGAAAUACAGACUGGGUAAGCAAUCGGGGAAAGAUAUGGGUGAGGCACCUAAGGAUGGAAUGUCAGCUUCAUACCUUUUGGAAAGCCCUGGAAUAAGUAAUUCUUCUCCAAAUUUGCCAUCUUCCGAUGUACAUGAGGGUUAUGAAGUCAAGGAGGCAUUAAGAGUGCAAAUGGAAGUGCAAAGUAAAUUACAUCUGCAGGUUGAGGCUGAAAAGCACCUACAGAUCCGGCAGGAUGCUGAACGGAGAUACUUAACUAUGCUUGAGAGAGCUUGUAAGAUGCUUGCUGAUCAAUUUCUUGGAGGUGCACUUUCAGACUCAGAAAACCAAAAGUGUGUUGGGGUAGCGGGUAAGAUGGCAAGAAAUUGCUCCCUUGACCCACUUGGCUUUUACUCCUCACAUUCUACCGAGGUGGGUAAUGCGAAUGGCCAAGAAGAAGAAGUACCGGCUGGUAUUCAUCAGCAGAGAACUGAUUGUUCCACUGAAAGCUGCCUAACAUCACACGAGAGUCCACGAGGACUGACCAUGGAAGGACCCCUGGUUGGAGGAAACAAAAGGAUAAUGAAUUUGGACACAACAACUGGAUCGUUGAUUUGGAGUGGCACAAAGAUGAGAAGCCAGGAGGUGAAUGUAGCCGCUCAAAGUCCCCAAGGAACUGCUGGUUGUGGCAUACAUCAAAACUGAAAAAUCAACUUAUGAUGACAAAGGGGAGAUUCUUGGGUUGGUUGAUUCAUAUUUUAUGGGUAUUAUAAUGUGAAGUUCAUGUAAGAGAGCAGUAAUGGUUUCAUUUGGUUUAAUUUGAUUAGGUCUGGAAAGUUGGAAUUCGAAACAAGUGCUGGUGUCUGAAGGGUAAAAUAUACCCAACUAGUUGGCAAUGCUUUAUGUAUAUUAUAUGACUGGGACUGGCUGCCUCUUGGGCGAUUACUGUUAUUUGAAUUCAUGGAAUGCAGGAAAUGCUUGCUAGGGA